AUGAUUUGGGAAACAUUAUGUGUAACUAUCGAGGAUUGGGAAAACUUUCCUCAGAGAUUUGCAAAAUCUCGUAAUGCUGCAGAAAAAGAAUUUUAUGCAUUGUUGACAGAAGAUAUUGUUCCGAAAGUUUUGGAAGAUUUAAGAACAAAGGAAAAGGAGCGUAAAAAAGUCGAAGCUGUUGCUAAUAGAAAACGUAGUCAAAGAAUUAUCGAAAAGGAAAUUGCAAAGAAAGAGACUGAACGUCUUGUAAAAGUAGAAGAAGAAUCUAACCCUAUGUUACAAAAAGGUGCUAAAUAUUCUAUUGGUGCUAGAUCAAAUGGAGCCAGAUUAACUCGACAAUCACACAAAAGAUCACAUACCGAAAUUGAAGAUGAAGUAGAUCGUGAACAACGUUAUAAGGUACAGAGACCUGCAAGAUUAUAUUUUUUAUGA